AUGAAGUACUUGUGGCAGCUGGUGGUGGUCAGCCAUGCUUAUUCUCUACCUUCCGAGGUUGAUUGGAAGUCGGCUUUGCCUAACACUCCCUUCCCGAAAGCUAUGCGGAAUCUCUUAAUGCAGCCUGGUUGUCUAUGGAAACCCCAAAAAACAAGGAGAUGCUACCCCGGAUCAUAUGAUGCAAUCUAUGGAAACCCCAACAAACAAGGAGAUGCUGCCCCAGUUACCGGAUCAUAUGAUGCAGUCUAUGGAAACCCCAAAAAACAAGGAGAUGCUGCCCCAGUUACCGGAUCAUAUGAUGCAGUCUAUGGAAACCCCAAAAAACAAGGAGAUGCUGCCCCAGUUACCGGAUCAUAUGAUGCAGUCUAUGGAAACCCCACAAAACAAGGAGAUGCUUCCCCAGUUACCGGAUCAUAUGAUGCAGUCUAUGGAAACCCUAAAAAACAAGGAGCUGCUACUCCAGUUACCGGACCAUAUGAUGCAGUCUACGGAAACCCCAAAAAACAAGGGGAUGCUACCCCAAUCACCGGAUCAUAUGAUGCAGUGUAUGGAAACCCUCAAAAAAUUGUAGGAAGUUCCAUUAAUGCUCAUAAGGAUGCCAGCCCAAUUGCCGGAUAUGAUGCAGUUUAUAGAAACCCUCAAAAAGCAGGAGGAAGUUCUAUUAAUGCUCAGAAGGAUGCUAGCUCAAUUGCCGGAUAUGAUGCAGUCUACGGAAGCGCUCAAAAAGUAGGUGAAAGUUCCAUCAAUGCCCACAAGGAUGCCAACUCAAUUGCCGGAUAUUAUGCAGCCUAUGGAAACCCUCGAGAUGCAGGUGAAAGUUCUAUUGAUGCUGGCAAGUGGAAGCACUGA